UCGAGUGUCAAAAGACCUGUCAAACUCUGAACGACAACUGUAUGAGCAAACAUUGCAUGUCGGGCUGUAUGUGUCCCCACGGUCUGGUUUCUAAUGGAGAAGGACAGUGCAUCAAGGAGAAAGACUGUCCGUGCAUACAUGGAGGUGUUUCGUACAUGCGUGGAGAUACUAUCAAAGUGGACUGUAAUAGCUGCACCUGCCAAGGCAGAGAAUGGAAGUGUACUAAUAAAGUGUGUGAUGGUGUGUGCACUCUAUAUGGAGAAGGCAAUUACAUCACAUUUGACCAAAAGAGGUUCUUUUUCAGGGGACCUUGUAACUACAUUUUUGCACAGGAUUAUUGUGGACAUAAUGAGAAUGGCACUUUCAGAGUUUUGAUUAGGAACCACCCAUGCGAAACAUCAGAGGGUGACUGCUUCACAGUCAAACUAUUUCUAGGGAAGAACACAAUUGUACUUGCAGAAGAAAGUGUCAAAAUACCUGAGAGUACAGGAAAGGAAAUACCAUAUAAGAUCCACAUAGUUGGCAUUUAUCUUGUAAUUGAGGCAGAGAGUGGCAUUGUGCUUAUGUGGAAUAAGAAAACAACACUCAUGAUGAAACUCAAAUCUACAUUCAAGGGAAAAGUAUGUGGUCUUUGUGGAAAUUAUGAUGGCAACAUAAAUACCGAAUUGACCUCCAGAUCAAAUGACAAUCUGGUGGAGGCAUUUCACUUUGGAAACAGUUGGAAAAUGUCACCAACCUGUGAAGAUACAAAGCCAUUAAAUAAUCCCUGUGAACUAUACCCACAUAGGCAUGCAUGGGCCAAAAAACACUGCAACAUCAUACUCAGCCCUGUUUUCAAGGAAUGCCAUACAAGGGUUGCAGUUCAAGAAUAUUAUGAUACUUGCGAGAAGGACACUUGUGCGUGCAAUACAGGAGGAGACUGCGACUGUUUCUGCUCUGCUGUUGCUGCUUAUGCUGCGGCAUGUAAUAAGGCAGGAGUGUGUAUAAGAUGGAGAACCCCCACUAUCUGCCCUCUGUUUUGUGAUUACUACAACCCUGAUGGACAUUGUGAAUGGCACUAUGAGCCUUGUGGAAAACCCUGUAUGAAAACAUGCAAGAAUUCCUCUGGAAAGUGUUACAACGAAAUUCCAACAUUGGAAGGCUGCUAUCCACAUUGCCCUGAAGAGAAAAUGUACUUGGAUGAAGAUGACAUGAAGUGCAAGUCAGAGGAAGAAUGUGGCUGCUAUGAUGAAGAUGGAAACCAUUAUGAAGAAGGAGAACCAAUGCCUCCAUCACCUCCCUGGCAAAGCUGUGAAUGUAUUUUGAUGGAGAGGAAAUGCACAAUGACCACCACUACAAAAAUACCCACGACAACAACAGAAAAAAUAACUACAACAGCUGAAACAAACACUACAACAACUAUGCAGUCAACCGCCACCACCACUGAAAAGACCAGUGAGUUUAUAUUCAAAUACAACCCUGGCAAGUCUGACUGUUAUGAGGUCUACUGUACCACAGUGUGCACUUUGAAGAACAGUUCAUGCGAGGGGGAAAACUGCACAUAUCUAAAUCCACCAAGAAAGGAUGGUGAUACCUGGAUGUCAGAUUGUAUGAGUAACAGAUGUGAGAAUGGCAAAACUAUUUCCAUACCUGUGCAAUGUCCGUCCAUCACAAAGCCAGCUUGUGCAAAUGGACGAAAACCAGUUGAAGUGUAUGAUAAGGGAGGCUGCUGUUAUCAUUAUGAAUGUCCAUGUGUAUGUUCAGGAUGGGGAGACCCACAUUAUAUCACAUUUGAUGGAAAGUAUUACAGCUUUCAGAAAAAUUGCACAUAUGUUUUGGUUAAAGAAAUUAUUCCAAAGCACAAUUUCCAAGUUCUUAUCGACAAUGAAAACUGUGAUGCUUCUGGAGUUGUGACCUGUGCCAAAGCUUUGAUUGUAAAAUACAAAAGCUACAAUGUAAUCCUUACAGCAGAAACAUCCCCAACAUACCACAAUAUUGUUUAUAUGAAUGGCAAGCAGAUAUUCCCAACCUAUGAGAAUGAGGACUUGUCCAUCACUAGUACAACUAUUGAACUGCGUCUGAGAAUCCCCAAAAUCAAAGCAGUUGUUGUGUUCAAGUCACUUCAGUUUAGUGUUGAACUGCCAUUUUCUCUUUUUCGCAACAACACUGAAGGACAGUGUGGUACUUGUGACAAUGACACCUCGAAUGAUUGCCGAUUACCAAAUGGCCAGCUCCGUCCCUGUCCCUCAAUGGCAUAUGAGUGGCGUGUCCCAGAUCCUAAAAAGCCAUACUGUGAGCAUCAACCAGCUCCUCCAACAGUUACUCCACCCACAUCGUUUCCUCCAAACAGUCCUCCAUGUGAAGUGUUGAUUAGCGAUGUCUUUAAGGAGUGUCACGAAGUAAUCAACCCAGACCCUUUUUAUAAGGCCUGUAAAUAUGAUGUUUGGUACAUGAGGAAUUCAACAGGAUGCUCCAGUCUUGAGGCAUAUGCAUCUUUAUGUCUUCAAAAUUCAAUUUGUGUGUCUUGGAGAAAUGCCACACAAGGACUUUGUGACUUUAUCUGUCCUGCAAACCAAAUCUAUAAGGCGUGUGGACCAACUAUUGUUGAAACAUGCAAUGCAAGAUACAAUGACAAAUACAUAUCCAAAUGUCGGGGACAAAAACACUCUGAUGACGAUGAAUGCCAGUCCAUCAUGGAGGGAUGCUAUUGCCCAGAUGGGUUAACACGGUUUAGCUCGGACUCUGACCUCUGUGUGUCUGCCUGUUGCACUGGCCCUGAUGGUUUGCCUAAAGAGCUGGAUGAGACAUGGCAAAGUGGAUGUCAGGUGUGUGUUUGCGACCGGGACACAAUGGGCGUCCAGUGCCAACCACGUCGCUGUCCCUCUCCACACUAUCUUGCCUGUGACAAAGAAGGCGAAGUGAAGGUGAACUACACUGAGGACUGUUGUCAGCAGUUUAAAUGUGAAUGUGACCGUAAACGUUGUAAUGACACCAAGCCAAAGUGCAAUCCAGGAUUUGAGUUGGAGAUACAUGAAUCUAAUGACAGCUGCUGCCCCCAUUACACUUGCGUUACAAAGAAUGUCUGUGUGUACAAUGACACAGAGUAUAAGCCAGGUACACACUUCUUUAAAGACCAAUGUGAACGUUGCUUCUGUACUGGGAAGAAAAACAAAGAAACCAUGCUGAAUGAAUUUCAGUGCCAUGAGAUACCAUGCAGACAAGACUGCCCUGAGGGCUCUGUGUAUGAACCAAAACCAGGACAGUGCUGUGGCUCAUGUAAAAAGAUGAACUGUGUUGUAACAUUAGAAGGGUCCAACUCUACUGUUAUUAUAAAGCCUUCAAAAUCUUGGUCCCCACCAGAUGACCCCUGCACCAAAUAUCACUGUAAAGAAGAGAAUGGAGAGUUCACUAUUACACAGAGACAAACUGAGUGUCCCAAAUUUGACUCAACAAAGUGCAUUCCUGGGACUGAACAUACUGAUGCUAAUGGCUGUUGUAAAAAAUGCACAGAGUUUGACUGUAAAGUAAAAAAGAACGAAACUUUCCUAAACAUUGGAGACUGCCAGUCAAUUCAUCUUGUGGAACUCACUUCCUGUGAAGGAUCUUGUGGAGUCUCCUCCUCCAAGUACUCUGCAGUCAGCAACAUGAUGAUGCAUUCAUGCACCUGCUGCCAGGAAAUGGAAACCAGCAAGAUUAAUGUGGACAUGCGUUGCGCUAACGACAGUACCAUCACGCACACUUAUAUUUCAGUGGACAAGUGUGGCUGCCAUGUUUCAGAGUGUAAAAACACCUCUACUUAGGAAGAGAGGUUCUUAUUACUUCUUACAAUGUAAUCAUUUCUCAAAUCAUCUUCUGUUUUUCUUUCACAUACUUGUACAGUUACAACAAUAUACACAGCACAGGAAGACUAAAUAAUUAUUCUGGUCAUGUUCAUCUUGUGUACAGAUUUUUUGGACAUAUCUCUCUU